UUUGUUUUUUAGAUAAUCUAGUAGAUCUAUCUACUCUGAUCUAGAAUCUAGAUUUAGAAACAUUAAAUAUAAUUUGUGAUUCUUAAUGUCUGCUCCAUUGAAACACACUAAUUGUAAAAUGAUUUGCAGGCCUAGACUCUCGAUACUGCAAGUGAUUUUCUGUUGUUCACCUGAACAUAAAGCUAUCAAAUUAUCGUAUCAAGGGCUAUUGUCAGCUGUCAAUGGAUUACAUGUCUAUCAUGGCGGAAGGCACAAUCAUAGAUGGGUUAAGGAUACAGACAUUACUAGUCUUUUUUGGAAUGGUCCUCCAAAAGGCUUAACAACGUCACAUUGUCAGAGACUUUGUAGUCCUAAAGGUCUCAUGUUAAGCAGAAGUCUUGUCUUAAGCUCACAGGUAUUUGCUGGAGUUUCUAAAAAUCUAGGCUUACAACUCAAUGACUCCUCAGAUUGUCUGGUCUUUGAUGAAAACGGUAUAUUAAUUAGAAAAUUUAUUCUGAAGGAUGCCAGAGCCCAUGCCCAGGCCAAACACUCCAGGCUCGUCUACUUGAAUAAAAACAAAGACGGAAUGAAUUGCUUUAAGCUACAGCCCUUGCUUACUUCCGCCUCGCCUGCACAAUCUCAAAUUGGGGCAGAGAAAACGAGUGAAGACGCUGACAGAGACAUCAAUAUUGGGGAUAUUCUUAAGGACAUAAAACCUGUAACACGUGCAGACGGACAGAUUGUAAGAACAAAGAAUGCAAAUAAAUAUGUUCCCAAAGACUCUAAUGUGAAAGCUACUUCCAGCACUAAGCAAUUAGCACUAUCUGAUGAUGAGACAAUGGGGGCUGGGACAAGAAACACAAACGAAGACACACCCAAAGACACACCCAAAGAAUUUACAAUAAAAUCAAAAAUUAAAGAGCAUGAUCUUUUAAUCAAAACAACAAAAAUGAAAUCUCUACUUACUAAAGGAAAACCAGUCAAAGUUAUCAUACAGUAUACAGAAGCGGAGAAAGAUGGUGGCUCAUCACUAGCCAAAAAACUAAUGGAGGAGUUGAAAAGUUUAGGAAAGCUACAAACUGAGACAAGUGGGAAAACAGCCUCACGAUUUACAGUGACACCUACAGCAAGCCAGCCAAAACAAUCAGCUAGCUAGCCAGCAAAUUUGAGCCAGCUUCAGGGAAUCAAGGUUGUUUUAACUGAAAGAUGGUGGCUCAUCACUAGCCAAAAAACUAAUGGAGGAGUUGAAAAGUUUAGGAAAGCUACAAACUGAGACAAGUGGGAAAACAGCCUCACGAUUUACAGUGACACCUACAGCAAGCCAGCCAAAACAAUCAGCUAGCUAGCCAGCAAAUUUGAGCCAGCUUCAGGGAAUCAAGGUUGUUUUAACUGGUAUUUUAAAAUAUGAUUUUUGUACAACUCAUAUCUAAUACAUUACGAUACAGAUACAUUAAAACAUAUACAUUUUAACACAAAUUUUGUAGAUAAUAUUUUUAACUGACGUAUUUCUGAUAUGUCUGGAGCUGUGAAGGUAUCUCAAAAUCUAAAGCCCUUUAUAAAAUAUCUGAAUAAAGGACAGAUUGAGUUUGAUAUGAUUCCAUUUUAUUGUAAGAUGAUGAAUACAAAGUAAAUGUUAUCAAGCUUCACUGCUUUAAGAAAAAUAUUUUUAUAGAUAUCUACCCAUUAUAAAACAGCUUUGAUGGAUCUAUAGGCUUCAUGUUCUUAAAAAUGCCUUAUCAACACAUUGCCUGGUGAGAUAAGUAGCUACCAGAAUCAGAGAUUUUGAAAUUUGGAAACAUUGCACAAAACUAGACUAGUUAGUUAGUUUAGUUAGACUAAAAGAAUUGGAGCAUGAUGUUUCUAGAUUAUGUUUGUCUUUUGAAUCAAACUUUGCUUCUUAAAAAAGUCUUUUCAUUUUCUUUUGUAAACAGAGUCUGAACCUAUCUUAAUACACGCAUCACUUAUUACAUAUUUAUGGAUGUAUGAAUGAAUUCACUGUGUUGUGAAUGAGAUGAAGAUAAAUGAGUUUGUUACUAAAAUCUUAUUGUAACUAUCAAAUAAAUAGUGUUCUUUUGAGGUGAUUAAAAUUUUCUUCAAGUUGUUUGCGUAAUGGAAUAUUAAGAAUCACUUGAGAGUCUUGUGCUGUAACAUCUAUGUUCUAUGAGGUUUUAUUUGAGAGACUUUCAUGCUGUUACAUUUUUGUUCACUGAAGUUUUUAGAAUUACGGUGUAACUCUUGUUCAGUAACUAUAUUAUAUAUGAUUACAUGUCUACUUCGAAAAAGACGUUUCAUUAUAUUGAUAGUUCUAGUUGAUACAUUCAAGUCUGCUUCUAGUCUUUUGUCUGAUUAACUUUAAUGUUUUCUAGAUCUAAUAAUUGGGGUAUGGGGGGCAACACAUGUUGUACAGGUAGUUCAUGACCUCAGAGGUAGCAACCUUUUUGAUAUAUUCAUGUGUUAUGGUUUAAUCAACUUAUGUAGACUGAUUAAAUAUGUAGUGGAAAUACUUUGAGAUAAUUCCUCUGAUCAUAUAACUUGAAAAAAGGUUAAACCCAAUUGAUUUUCUAUUGUUAGGUUUGACAGCUAUGCAAUUAAAAAAAAAAUGAGCCUAUCUCAUUUUUUUAUUCAUUAUAAUAAGGUUGCACUUAUAAUCAAUUCUUCACACCAUAAUCUGUUGAAAUGUUGGGUCACCACAUAUCCGUUGACCUCUUCCUCCAUUCCUGUCUUUUAACUGAAUAGUCCCUUCCAGUGACAGGCCUGUCUGCCUCUCUGAUGUCUGCAUCUCAGCACUCAAGAUUUCACUACUGUGAAGUAACAUUUUAUGUAUCAAGUGUUUCCAAUGUGUGUAUUGCAUAAAAUAUUACAAUAUGUACAUUCAUAGUUCCGUAUGAUUAGAAAGCACUAGGUUAGACUGCUUGCAUGCUAGAGUAAUGAAAUAGUUUUUGAACUCUGUAGAGCUAGCUUGGAGAAAGGUAGAUGCUGAAAGAGAGACUUUCAUGGCGACUAGAAGUAGAAAUAAUUGUGUGGAAUGUAUAGUUUAUGUAAGAAAUGCAUUGUUUUUGGUCAUAUUCUAUUAGUGAUGGGAACUAAACUAAUUUUUUUUAGUUAAACUAAAACUAAGUUUGAACUAAAAAAAAGUAAUUAAACUUUUAGUUAAUCACAAAUUGAAAAAAUUAGUUAAACUAAACUAAGAAACUUUAGUUAAACUUUUACAAACUAUUUUGACCUUUUUUAAGGACGAAACAGCCAAACAUGAAAAAUAUAAACAACAACCAAUCUCUUUAGCAAAAUGUAAUAAACAUUUAUUUGUGCACAUGAAAAAAGAUUUAAAUGUCUUUAUGGGAUAGAUGUAGAUCUUAAUAGAAUCACUAGAUUAGACUAGAAUGAUACUAUUAUAGAAAGAAAUUAGAAGUAAUUGUCCAAGUUCUAAUAUAAGUUACCUUUUUAGAAGUAAUGAUAAAACUGCAUGUUGACUCGCUAACUAACUCUAGAUUCUAGAAUAUUCUGGAUCUAAUAUCUUCUACAAACGAAAUGAUCAGAAAUAUAAUCUGGAUCUAGAAUUAGAUCUAGCUACUAGACCAAGAUCAAAUAAUUAAUAUUUUAAUCUAAAAAUAAUUUAAGAAAUACUAGUUACUACUACUACUACUAGAUCUAAAUAGAGUCUAGUAGAUAUCUUAGUAACUCUAGAUCUAUCUAGAGAUUUUAGAUUAUUAUAAUUAUGAUUAUAACAAGAUAUGGGUAUUUAGAUCUAUAAUAUACUAUAAUAUAAUAUACUCUAGUAGAUAAUACUAGAUCUAGAUCUAAUAGAUCUAGAUAGUAGAUAUAAGUAUAAUUAUAAUAGAAGUAGAUGUAGAUCUAGUCUAGAUUUAGUUAAUUUAGUAUUAGAUCUAGUAUAGUGACGACUAUUAUUAGUAGGCCUAUUAUAGUCAUUAAUAUUAUAGAUCUAUCAUCUUUGCAUCUUAGGUCUUAGUAUAGGCCUAAUAAGUAAUCUAGAAUUUUCUAGAUCUAAUCUAGACUCUAAUUCUAGAAUAGUAGAAUCUCUAAACUAAUAAAUCUAUAUUAUUGACUUAUAAUUUUAAAUUUACAUUUAGAUCUAAGACUAAGACUACUAAGAGUUAGACUCUACUUAAGACUAAGAGACUAAAAUAAUUAAAUAUAGACUAUUAUGACUAUAGAUCUAAUAGUAAUAGUAGUAAUAGACUAAUACUAAUAGACUAAACGUCACUAGACUCUAACUUUAGAUCUAUCUAGUAAAAAGUUUUAAAAUAAAAAGAGUCGACAUUUCUUUUAGAUCUAUAGUAAAGCAAAAUUCUUUGCCUGCAGCUAUAACUAUACAGGAACACACUGGUGUAUAAUAAAAAGCAGCAAAAUGUAGAUCUAUAGAAGCAAGGAAUUAUCAGGAUUUAUCAAGCAGCGAAACUUGCUAGAAAUAUAAUGAACACGUGUAUUUUUUUUAAAAGGCGGGAAUAGUGGCCAUUAUAGGGUAAAUGUCAAAAGGCUUUCUAGUGACCUGUGCACCAUCUAGUUUAUUCUCCUCUCUAUCGUUCAUUAUAUAUAUUCUCCGAAUUACAUAUAUAUCUAAAUAUUUAUUGGUAUGACCGUAUGUAUGUUAAAAAAGUUUGUAAAAUUUGUAAUUAAACUUUUUAGUUUGUAACUAAAAAAAAUUAAUUAAACUAGGAUUUUAACUAAACUAUUUUUUUUUAAUUAAACUUUGGCCUUAACUAAUUUUUUUUAGUUAAACUAAAAGUUAGCAACUUUUUAGUUAACUUUUGCCCAUCACUAUAUUCUAUAUAUUCAUAUGAAGAUUCUAUUUAUUUCUGUAAAUAAUGUCUAACAAGAAAAACAUUAAAAAUACUUUAAAAAAAAAAAAAAAA